UCCAUUUUGCAUUGCGAGUUGCGAUUGCAUUCGUUUCAGUAUUCAGUUUCAGUUCUGCAAAAAUCAGUGAUGGAUUGUUACUUGUCAGCUAUUAAUUGUUUAAAUUGUUUAUUUAUAGUGGUUCAAACUUCUAUUUGAAAAGUUCGUAUUGAUUUUUAUGUUUGAAGGUCCUCAAACAGAACUCUUAUUGUUUGUGAUUUGAGACAUCCUCGUGAAUCUCUAAUAAAUACCGCGUCUCAUAAUUAUAAAUAAAACAUUAAACAUAAUUAUAUUUAUUAGGUUACGGUACUGCAUAUUUCCAUUCUUGAUGGGGCCUAAGGUGAGGAAGUCAACCAGAAACUCUACUGUGGCUUCAAAAACAGUGGAGGAAGUCUCGAAGGAAAAAGAAGAAACUACUUCAAGCAAUGAGAAACCAGAAACCAGAAACUCCACUGUGGCUUCAAAAACAGUGGACGAAGUCUCGAAGGAAAAAGAAGAAACUACUUCAUGCAAUGAGACUGAGGUUGUCGAUGAUUCAGCCACCAAUGGAGUCGGUUCAGAAGAUGGCAUUGAGGAAAAUUCGGUGAAUGAUGCCGAGAACGGAGAGAAGCAGAACGGCGAGACUGCGGAAUCUGUAGACGAUGACGUGGUUAGUAGUUCGGAUGCACCGGUAAUUAUCGAAGACGACUCGAAAAAUGAGAGUGGCGACUCCAAUGAGACACCGGUAGCGAUGAAAAAUGACGAUGUGCCCGAAUUGGAAGAUACACCUCAGCAGCUUGUCUCUCCAGCUGUCUCCAAGACGAUAAAGAAGACGUUGUCUGUUAAACUGCGCACUCAGCCCAAAAAAACUGAGGAAGAGGAGGAUUUCAUCGAAGAGGUGCCAGUUGAUAAGCCUGCGGUGAGUGUUGUCGAAAUCCUUGACGACGAGGAAAAACCAGAUGAAAUCGAGAUGACAGUCAUUGAUGAGGUCACCGAUGUCGAAGACGAUGACAAAACGGUCAAAGUCAAAUCGGAGAAUUCUGAAAGCAAAAAGGAGGAGGAGACCCCCCCCCCAGAAGAGGAACCGGUGAAAGUCGAUCUGACGGAGAGCAUAGACCCGGACACAGAGAUGGUGUCUGAGGAUGAGCUGCCGGCGGAGACUAGUGGUGGGGGCAGUGGAGGUGGCAGCAAGCUGGACACGGAGGCGGUGUCCGAUGAGGAGUUGGCCGCCCCCGACCUACCUGAGACGGAGGCCGUGUCUGAGGACGAACUGCCCCCCGACAAGAAGGCCUCGGCUAAGGAGGCCGAGAAAGACAAGGAAGCUGAAAAAGCUGAUUCUACUGCUACAGCUGAGAACGGAAAAGGAGUGAAACGAAAGCUGUCUGAGGGAGAUGACAAGAGCUCGCCUGCUUCCACUGAGACAGCCGGCGGUAAUAAGGAGGAAGCUCCUGCCAAGAAGGCUGCCACUGAUAAAACGUCUGUCGUCGCCAAGCCACCGGUGAAAACGUCCAAACUACCGGAAUUGGAAAAGUACUGGAAAGCAGUGAAAGACGAUUCGUCAGACUUCACAGGAUGGACUUAUUUGUUGCAAUACGUCGACCAAGAAAAUGAUGUGGAAGCAGCAAGGGAAGCCUAUGAUGCAUUCCUCUCGCACUAUCCCUACUGUUAUGGCUAUUGGCGAAAAUAUGCUGAUUACGAAAAACGCAAAGGCAAUAAGAAGAAGAGUGAAGAGGUUUUCGAACGAGGUCUUAAGGCGAUACCGCUGAGCAUUGAUUUGUGGAUUCAUUACUUAAACUACUGCAAAGCCACCUAUCCCAACCAAGAGGAUUUCAUCCGUUCACAAUUUCAAAAAGCACUUGACGCUUGUGGAUUAGAGUUUAGGUCGGACCGUCUCUGGGAGAGCUUUAUCAAGUGGGAGGCUGAUUUGAAGAAUGUUCACAAUGUCACUCAGCUCUAUGACAAAUUGCUCACCAUACCAACGCAGGCAUACACUACUCAUUUUGACAAGUUAAAAAAGGCAGACGAAGAGACAACAGCUCUGCGCGAGAGAAUAAUUGUGAGGAGGAAAGUGCAUAAGAACACAAUUUCUGCUGUAUCUGCCAGGCAUCCGUUCGAAGAAGGGAUAAAACGGCCAUACUUCCAUGUGAAGCCCCUAGAAAGAUGUCAGCUGAAGAAUUGGAAGGAUUAUUUGGACUACGAAGUGGAACAAGGGGACAAGGAUAGGAUUGUAACACUGUUCGAACGGUGUCUCAUUGCUUGUGCUCUCUAUGAAGAUUUCUGGAUGAGGUAUUUGCGCUAUCUGGAGGACAAAGCUCCCGAAAUGAAGGAGAAGAUCAGUGAUGUGUAUGAAAGAGCCUGCACAAUUCAUCACAAAAAGAAGCCUCAUCUGCAUCUCUUCUGGGCUGUCUGGGAAGAAAGUCUAGGCAACAUAGCAAAAGCUAGAGAAAUUCUGGCGACCCUUGACAAGAACCUGCCCGGCUCAAUGCAGGUGGCGUUCAGACGCAUCAACCUGGAGAGGCGAUCGGGCAACCUGGACGAAUGCGCCGCACUCUACGAGCACUACAUCGCCGCCUCGGCCAAGUCCAGGCUCAUCACCAGCAAUCUCACCAUCAAGUACGCCAGGUUCUGCUGGAAGAGUUUGAAUAAUGUCGAUAAAGCGGUCUCUAUAUUGAAAAAGGCGCUUGAAAAAGAUGUGGAGAACCCGCGACUCUACCUGCAGUUGAUAGACAUGGCAAUGCAGAGGUCGCCGGUUGUCGAGUCUGAGGUGAUUGACGUCAUCAAUCAGUACAUCUCCCUGGAGGGGGCCGACAUGGAGCAGAUACUCAUGUUUGCGCAGAGAAAGGUCGAGUUCCUCGAAGACUUUGGCACUGACAUCAAGAGUAUGCAGAAAGCGUCCGAAGAAUUCCGAAAAUACUUGAAGCUUGUGAAAGAAAAGAAGAAGAAACUGUCAGAGGUUGACACAAAGGCGAAGCCAGAGGACCAAACUCCAGCCGCCAAGAAAGCAAAGCCCGACUCGUCUGCGGCGACGUCUGCGGGGGCGCAGACCCCCGGGGGCACAGGGGGCCACAACUACAGCCACCCGCCGCCCACGUCGGGCCCCUACGGCGGGGGGCCGUACGGACAGCAGCCCCCCUACGGUCAGCAGCAGCCUCCCUACGGACCUCCCUACGGCGGACAGUCGGAUCCCAACUAUCCCUACCAGAACUGGAACUACAAUCAGCCAGGAUAUAACUACGGCAAUCAGGGAUGGGGAAACUAUAACUACUAUUAGAAACUACCGAAGGACUUUAAUCCACCAUUAGAAUGCAAUCAAUAUUUUAUCAUACAGGGUGACACAGAGUAACGGGAACUUUAAAAUGCCAUAAAACAUUAGUGGGAAGGGCAAAAAUUAUUUUAUUCAAACUAAUCUAAAGUUCAAGACUUGCCAUUUGAGAAUUAUUGAUAACAUCUAUCACUUUUUGACAAUUACUUCCUCCUGCACGAAUACACUUUUGAAAUCUGUGUUGAGAUUCCUGAACGAUUGCUGCAACAUCUCAUCUGGGGUAUUGCGUAUUUCAUUUUGAAUUCUGUUUUAAUUUUUAAUUAAUUCAAAAUUAUUGAUGAAAUUGUAAGCGAAAUCUACUCUGCACGGCAUUCAAUGACAACUGUGCGAGUGAGUAUUGUUUAGUAACCGUGUAAUCUCACGAUUAGGUUACUUCUUCAAGAUGGAUUCCUCCUACACUCUUGAAAUCUGUGUUGAGAUUCCUGAACGAUUGCUGCAACAUUCCAGCUGGGAUAUGUUCAAUUUCAUUUUGAAUUGUCUGUUAUUAUUCAACCACAGUUAUUGGUCAAGUUCUGAAAACGUUUGGUUUGAGAUAGCUCCACAAACAGAACAUCGAAGCUGGACAGAUCAUGGAACCAGGAAACGCAACCUAAUCGUGAGAGUACACAGUUACUAAAGAAUACUCACUCGCACAGCUGUCAUUGAAUGCCGUGCAGAGGGGAUUUUGCUUACAAUUUCAUCAAUAAUUUUGAUUGAUUAAAAAUUGAAACAGAAUUCAAAAUGAAAUCCGCAAUAUCCCCCAGAUGAGAUGUUGCAGCGAUCAAUGAGGAAUCGUCAACACAGAUUUCAAGAGUGUAUUCGUGCAGGAGGAAGCCAUCUUAAAUAAGUAAUUGUCAAAAAGUGAUAGAUGUUAUUACUAAUUCUCAAAUGGCAAGUCAUGAAAUGUAGAUUAGUUUGAAUAGAAUCAUUUUUGCCCUUCCCACUAAAUUUUUAUGGCGUUUUUAAAAUUUCCCGUUAUUCUUUGUCAUCCUGUAGAAUAGUGUCAUGCAUUUCAAAUUGAGCCACAAUUGAAGUGCCACGUCUUUACUGGUAAAAAACCACCAAAAGAAUGUAAUCCACACGUGAAUUGCAUAGUCACACUUACUCCCGGUUGCACGAAAAUCUGUUAACUUCUAAUCCCGAUUAAAUACCACGAUAUCCAAAUCAGGGAAGCCUUCUUUUCGGAAACCUCUUCUCUGAUUAGUUUUCUUAGAUUUAAAUCACGAUUAAAAUUCAUCAUGCUUUUGGGCAACCGGGCCUUAACAUUCUAUUACAGAGUAGAUUUUGACAUCUCUUCAAAUUGAAUGACUACUUGAAGUGCGUCUAUAAUGGUGGCUUUUACUUGAAACUAAGUUACUUUUAAUUAUAGAGAAAAGGUAGCAUAAGAAGAUAUCCCAGGGUGUUUUAUGUUGUAAAUUUCAUAACUUCAAACUAAAUUACUUCUAAUCAUAGAGAAAAGAUAGCUUAAGAAGUUAUCACAGGGCGUUUAUGUUCUAAAUUGUAUAACUUCAAACUAAAUUACUUUUAAUCAUAGAGAAAAGAUAGCAUAAGAAGAUAUCCCAGGGUGUUUAUGUUCCAAAUGUCCCUGAUAACUGAAGCCGGUAGUCUUAGUAGCUUUUUUUGUGACGCUGGUGGGCUCUCAUACUGUGCCGUUCUUACAUUCUUAAAGUGCGUACAGACUUUCGCUCUGCUCCGCAAUCGAACGUCACUCGAGCAGAUCGAUUGAUGAUCGAAUGUGGAACAAGAGUGGAACGCGAGAAGAGCGUGUAACAGAGGUCGAGCUUGGCAAGCUCCUAGGUCGAACUAACCAAUAGUUGCGCAUGCGCGGUUUGUUGGAUCAGUUACGAAAAUUACGAUUUCUGUGUUAGCAUAUAAAAUUAUCAAAAUUAAUAAUUUAUUAUUAAAUCAUGUAAAAUUAUAAAAACAUUUUUGAUAAUAGGUACCAGCAUAUUAGAAUUUAGAAGAAAGAAGCCAAAAACCCAA